AUGGUGUGGAUGCUGAGUGUGUUUGAGUACCCCAGUCAGAAGAAUGAGGGGCCUGUCGUGUACUGGAGGAAAGGUCCCGACUGCCACAACCAGCAGCCUCCAGUUGAGCCCCAGCACAGGCAGGUCAAAGGGAAAGUUGCGAAGAACUUCGAAGAGAGAGUUCAAGAAGUCCUUGUGAUCGAGGCCGCAGCCCGCGGACGGUGUGAGGCCGGUAGCGGCCCCCGACGUGCUGGGGCUUCUCUGAGUCGGGUUGCUUGGGAAUGCAACCCAAAGUGGGGCAGUGCCGGGGCGGUCCCCAGCGUCACUGCCGCUUCCUCGGCAGGUGAUUUGAGGGCGAUGUCGGGGGCCGCUGCCGGUUGGUCAUCGAGCAGGCGGGACACGAUGGAGCUGUGCCUGGAGCUGGAGUACUCGCUCUCGCUGCUGGAGCCGGGCGGCGGCCGGCCAGAGCAGCAGCAGUGAGAGCGACGGGCGGGCACGGCAAUCAUGCCCACGGUGUUCAUGUGCUCCGGCUGCAGACGGCAUGACAGUGACUCAUCAAGCUGGGUGGCCAGUGGCGAUGACACAGGCUGCAUCUUGCUGCGCGGUGUAGCUGACAGCGUCAUCAUGGACCUGGAGCGGAAGGUCUCCAAGCUCCCUGGCGAGUGCGGCUGUACAGCAGGAAUGUUAUUCUGCUCUGGCUGCUCGAGAACACUUGGCAGUAUCUACAGUACAAAGAAUCUCGAAUACAAGAGAGAUUUGUUCUGUUUACAUACUGAUGUUGAAAGCUAUGUUCUAGGAAGCUCAGAGAAGCAAGCUGUUUUUCAUGAGAAACAUCUUACUCUUGAAAGUCGAGCUGUCUUGCAAGACGUGCUGCAAAAGAUAGAUACGAUACUGAAUGUUCUGGAGACAAGACUGACCACGAAUGAGUCCUGUGUAGCUCCUCUGCACAGGCAGGUCUGA